AUGGCGAUUCACAUAUUCCUAGUGUUUAUUCUCUACUUUUGCUGCGUCGAUGGCGAAUACAACGAACCAGGACCUAAGUAUAGGUGUCCGAAAAUAGGCAGUUUGCCUGAACUGGCUUUGCACCCCUGUCGUUGCUUGGCAGAUUCCGAUAACGGAUUAGCGAUACACUGCGAGAACAGCAACUUGGCCUCACUCUCCGUCGGUCUUUCCAACGUAGCAUCACUUGGUGACGUAGUCGUGGACAAUUUGACUAUAUCAUCGUGCAACAUUGGUCGUUUAUUUGGAGACAUAUUUUACUCGACUCCUGUAAACAGGCUGAUCAUACAAGAUACGCCAUUAAUAUUACUGGACGACGAUUUAUUUUUUGGAAUUAAUCACACACUUUCCGAAUUACACAUUGUGAACUCUAAAUUGGCUGAAUUUCCUUCUGGUUCAUUGAAAAUAUUGAGCAAUUUAAAAGUACUGAACCUGGACAAGCAUUCAAUAUUUAAUAUACCAACCAACGCGUUUACUUCUAGUCAAUUGCCGACCCGUUUGGAAAAAUUAUACAUAACAAAUGGAAAAUUAACGUCUCUGUCUCCCGACUCAUUAAGUCCCUGUAAAAAGUUAAAAUACCUCGAUCUUCAAGGCAAUGAAUUGGGAACGCUACAAAAGAAUCAGUUCAAAGGGUUGAGAGACUUAGAAACAUUGGAUAUAUCUAGCAAUAAUAUUACUAAAAUCGACUCUUCCCAUUUUGGUGACUUAACGAAGCUUGUGUCAAUUAACUUGGCUAAUAAUUCAUUACCAUCUGUAACAAGAGGAGCAUUUGCAAGAAAUACAUUACUACGGACUUUAAACUUGAGUCGCAACAAACUGACAAGAUUAGACUCUGAGUUAUUUCGUGGUAUGCGUUUUCUUCGAAGAUUAUAUCUUAGUGACAAUGAAAUUUCUCAAGUCGAUCGAGGAACAUUUGCGUCGAUGACAAGAAUAGGUACCAUCGAUUUGGCUAGAAAUCGUAUGAAAAUUAUCGACUAUCAAAUGUUUUCUGGACAAAAUUAUGUUGAAAUCAUCGAUGUAUCUGAAAACCAAAUAACAAAAGUUGAAAAACUGUCGUUCAAAAAUCUUUAUUUGGUUCACAUAAAUUUGUCGAAAAACAAUAUAUCGGAAAUCGAUAGCGGAGCUUUCGAAAAUUGUGCCAACAUUACGAUGUUAGACAUGUCGUACAAUUCAAUAGCAAAUAUACCCAGCACAGCGUUUGAUAAUAAUACAUAUGCUACAGUAUGGCAAUUGUCUUACAACAACUUGACGGAUAUGUCCCAGGUACCAGUUACCAACAUGGCGGGCAUCAAAAUCUUGAACGUGACACACAACAACAUUAAGUCGAUACCAAAAGGAACAUUUCCAAAGCUCUACGAGCUACAUACAUUGGACUUCAGCCACAACCGUAUAAAAUCUAUAAGUCCCUCCGUGUUCCAGUCUCUUCUCAGUUUGCGGUCCGUCAACCUCAGCCACAAUGCGUUGGAAGACUUGAAGUCUACGACAUUUGGCACUCUACCAACUGUACUCGAACUGUAUUUGAAUAAGAAUUCCAUAAAAAAAAUUAAUGCUGCGACGUUUGUUAAAAUGUCAUCGUUGAGCCACUUGGAUUUGAGGUAUAACAAUAUCACGCAAAUACCGACCAUACCAAUAUCAUUGUCAAGUCUGGCGGUAAGCCAUAAUAAGAUCAAAGAUAUUGGACCCGACCGAGCUUGGCCAUCGAUGAAUGCACUCCUCUCGCUGGAUUUGAGUAACAACUUGUUAGGCGAUAGUUUGGACAGUGGAUCGUUUUCGAAACUAUUGUCUUUGCAAAGCCUAAUUUUGGAUUAUAAUUCCAUCACAAUACCACCUGCUCAAGCAGUGAGCCCACUAGUUUCAACAAGACAUCUGUCAUUAAGAGGUAACAGUAUCACACAUCUCAGUUCUAAGGCUUUUGGAAUAUUGCCCGUAGUGUUUUAUCUGGAUCUGUCACAAAAUAAUAUCACUCAAGUAGAAUCUCAAGCUUUUGAAGGGCUAUUACAAUUGCAAUUAUUGAAUCUGACUGAAAACAGUUUAACUGAAAUACCCAAUGGUGCAUUUAAAGGUUUGGUGUCAUUGACAACUUUGGAUGUGUCAUAUAAUCAACUCAAUUCUUUGGACAACAAAACGAAUAGUUUAUUGGAUGACUGUCUUUCUCUUAAAUAUUUGAAUUUAAGUCAUAAUCAAUUUUCAUUUUUCACCAAAAAAUCAUUUCCAAACCAUAUGUACACUCCCAGUUACUUAGAAUCAAUUGAUAUGAGCUAUAACGAAAUACCAAUAAUAACACAUGAUAUUACGGUUGGAACGCACAAAGUUAAAUAUCUUAACUUAAGUCAUAACUCUAUCGAUGAGAUUCGGCCAGGUGUACUCGGAAACUUAACAUCGUUAAACGUAUUGGAUUUAUCAUUCAAUAAUUUGGAAACAAUGAAAAAAGUUGGCAAUAUGCCUAAAAAUAUGUCUGUAUUGUUGAUGUCCAACAAUAAAUUAACAAAACUUUCAAAAGAAAUCAUAAACUUUGUCCCAAAAUUAAAAAACUUUAAUGUAGAGAAUAACUUAUUUAAUAAUUUUCCGCCUGAAUUGGCUAAAAUUGUAAAUAAAGGAUCUUCAAUUUCAUUUAAAGGCAAUCCCAUUGAAUGCGAUUGUACAUUGAUUCCCAUCAAAAGAAUGCUGAACUCCAAACUUAAUCCAGAUCCACAAUGGGAAAAUAUAACAUGUGUGCAAUUAUUAACAUCAGAAGUGUCUUAUGUGGCAGAUUUAGGCGAGAGUGAAUUGAUUUGUGAUAUUCCUAUAAAAGACGAAGAUGAUACAUUUGUCGUAACACCAGAUGUAAAGUUUAGGCAGAUAAAAAGGACUGGAAGUAGUUACAUAAAAAUUGACUGGUUUGUGCUUCAAAACAAAGAAGACAUUGCUGAUUUUGUAAUAUUCACUGGUGGUAAUAAAUUAGAAGAAAGGAGUUCUUCUAGAUUAGUUCCUUAUAAUUUACGAUCUCAAACUAUUAAAGCAGCUUUCAUUAAAGAUUCAACAAAUUUGUGUAUAAUACCAAAAGAUAGUUUUGGUAAUGAGAGACAAAUGAAAAAAGGACAGUGUAUGGAUAUCGGGGAAUUAGGUCCAUUAGCUCUAAACAAUGCAAAUCAGAAUUUUAAAAAUAUGUUUCUGUUUUAUUCAGUGUUAAUAUUAUCAAUCGUAAAAAUUAUCGCGUAA